UGAUUCUCAUCUUCCACAGACGUCAUUAUAAUAUUCGCAAACGAAGCCAUGAGCUCACUGCGGGACGGCGCGGCGGAAAUUUGAAGCCGUGUGGAAUUCCGGAACUUGUCAGUGGCAGCUUUGGGGGUUCCGUCUUUUAUGUUUUUAUUUUAUUACACUUCUGUAGCGACUGUCGAUUGCCUACGUUUUGUACGGCGCGGCGCGGCGAAGGGAUCUAACGUUCUAGUCUAGACUAUAUCAGCGAUGGUGAUUCAGUUCCUCACAGGGUAGUGUCGAUAGGCGCCGUCUUCCUGGAAACGGGAUCCGCUGGUUCAGAUUGAUGGUUGAUGCUGGUGAUGAUUUGAGAAGUCUGGAGUCGCCCUCUUCACCGACAUGGUUUCGUCACGUUUGCAAUGGCUGCUAGCCGUGCAAGUGCUGAUUGCCCUUAGCAGCCUGGAUUUGUUGGUUUCGAGUGUUGAAGCAACUCCACGUCAUUUCUUCAAAGGGCAGAAAACCCAAAAAACAAAUGGGCUUGACAGUAGUGGUCCAGCAGGAUUAGCUUCCAAGAUACACGAGGAAAGCACUUCAAAGGAAGUGGAACAGUUUACAGCGGAGCAGCUGAGCAGCAGCGAAGAUUUCAGGACGUAUCGUCCACGGCUUCGGUCUGAGAGGGAGAGGUUGCUGCUUGCCAGCACCAGAGCAAAGAAGGCACGUGUCAAGAAACGGUUACCGCCUAAGGCUGCUCCGCCACCUCCUAAGAACAGCCGACGAAUUGUGGCAAUCCCACCUCCACCGCCGCCUCCAAAGAACAUCGGACGAGGGAGAUGCUCACCUUCUCCACCACCUCCACCGCCUACUCCGAUGGCGUCGUACAGCUUGGGGAAGCGAAAUCAUUAAACUGGGACCACUAGCUGGGAUUAUCGUCCCUCGAUUCCAUAUCCGUCCUGCAACGCAAUUGCGUCGCGCAAUGGUCGGUGCCCAUCUUCGCAGUGCCCCCUUGUGAAUGCUUUUGUUUCAAUGCUUUUCUGAUUGCUGUGGGUGCGAUGUCGAGAUCGAAGUGAACUGGCCCAUGUCUAGAUUGAUUGUGUAUCUUUCCGCAUCGGUGCCCUUGUUCUCUACUGAUCUUGUUACACCCCGCACCCUUGACCUCAGAUUCGUAUAAUUCUUUACGACAUUAGUCGUAGUUAGGGCCCAUAGUCGAAUUCUUACGUAAUACAUGUAUACGCUAGUGAAAUCUUACGAUGUUUGGUGUUGAAAUCGAUUAUGGCCAUUCUGCUUUAAUCUUCCAUUUUGAAGGUAUUUCUCACUGUGCUGUUUCGGAGACGACGGUUUGACUUACUUUAUAAGCGCUGCUUGUCUUAACCUCUUCCGAAGCAUUCCUUGUGGUCUUAAAUCUAGAGUGUAGUUGAGAUAAAGCAAGUUGACAAUGAAAACCGUCCAGUGUGUCUCUUGUUUUUCUCCCAUGUGGAUUCCGUUUUUAUUCAGAUGUUUACAGCGUAUUCGAUUUAUAAUCUAUCUCUCUUCUGUGUUGAUUACAA